UAUUAUUCACAUGAUUGGCAGACCCACAUACACAGGGAAUAAGUCAAUGGAAGUGCAGGUUCUUGUAGAUGUGGAGUAUAUGGACUUAUCAAAUGGGUCAUCAAAUAGAAUUUACAGAGAGCGAGCAUGUGAUGCUUUCUUCACAAUGGUGUCACUAUCAGCUGAUGAUUGGGCACCCCAGAGUAUUCCAUCAUUAAAGUUGUUGACAGAUGCUGAAAAAAAAAGAUUUGAAGAAGGAAGAUUAAGGCAAGAGACAAGGAAAACUCAAAGACUACAAGCAAAGACAAACCAAUAAAAAACAAUCAUCCUAGCGGAAAAUUUGCUGCCACAAAUUGUCAUUCAAAUUUAUUAUUAUUUUUUUAAAUAUCUACACUGUCGAUAUGUUGAAUCACACAGACCUUCUCACUGCCACAAUUUCUCGCCCAAAUUUGUCUGCAUUUUUUUCCUUAGAUUCUUCAAUAUUUCUGGAAAUGAAUCCUACUUUUGGAGCC